GUUGGUAUAUUCUGUGAAGUCUCCAUAUGCAAUAGUCUUUGUUCUCUCAUUUAAUGUGAAAUCCGCUCAUCAACGUCUGCCAUUUUUGUGCGAGAAAGAGAGACUGAAACUAUACCCAGUUCUCUAGAGCGAAUCAGAAAGAGGAGCCUUUCUUCGCUUCACUGUGCAAUGUUUUCCAGCUUCGUUCAUGGAGUGAUGGGUGGGUUUUGGGGAGGAACUUGGCCUCUCUGAAUUCCCAGAUGGCUCCGGUGAAAUAUGGAACCGGCAAAUGGUUGCAUGGAAAUGUUAAACUAGAUGGAGAAUCACUCACUUUUGACAGCUAAAAUUGGUAAAUCAAUCAAGCUGCCAGAGACAUGUCUGUUUGACCUGGUUUUCUUGCAGACUUCUGCUGGUAAAAUGAGCUAUUUUUGCAUGGCAAAUCUUCUUCUGCACUAGACUUACCUGACUAAAAGCUUGGCUAGGAGCAGGGCAAAUCUUCUUUGGCAAUACAUAUUUCCUUUUUGAAAGAAGCAAAUCUUGUUGGGGGAAGAAUUGGUUAUACAUAAUUAGUCAUUAAGAUUCUGCUCUUUUGGGCAUAUCUCCUUUGGCAAAGUUGCGGAAGUUUCCUAUAGCUGGGUAGUUUACCUGACAGUGAAUAACUGAGCAGAGUGGGUACUUUCAGAUUAUUUUCUUUUACAUCAUUAACUGCGGAUUGCAUCCUUGCUAUAGGGCAGAUCUUCUUUGGCAUAAAGUUUUUCCUUGGCGAGCUGCGCUCCAGUCUGCAACAUUUGUAGCCUAGUGACUGCAGUGCAAUCAACUUUGAAGUUUCUUCUUGCAAGAGCUUCAGUCCAUCUUGUGGGCAAAUCUCCUUUGGCAUCAGGAGUCCAAGUUGACUCCAUUAUCCCUGUGGGCUAUCAGGAUCUCUGAGCUGGUUCCUAUCCCUUUAGGGCAAAUCUCCUUUGGCAUUUGGGAGUCCUCAGUUGGCUCCCUGUUAUCCUUUAAAAGGCUUCGGCAUAUGACCUCCACUUUUAGAGGCCAAAAUAUCUUGUUGGAAUAUCUAUAUUGAAGCUUGGCAUCAAUUCUGAAAAUCAGAUCAACCUCAGGAUUUUCUGCAACAUUGAUACUGUAUCCCAAUCCUUUGCCAGGCUGCUGUUUUAUCAUCCAUUGCUGUGUGUAUUAACAUAGCAUUGCACCAGGAGAGACUUUGGCAUUUCAGAUUGUUUAAGAAAGUGCUAAUCUAGUGGUAUUUGUAAUAAGUAAUCUGUGAAGUUCCAGAAUAGGUAGCAUUUCUAGAGGGUGGAAAACAGAAAGAGAAAAGGAAAAGAAAAACUAAAGUUUGUAUUGCUGAAUUGAAGUGCUGAUAUGUUCUUGUAAAUGAUGGAUAUGUUCUCCAGUGAUUCUGAUUGGGAAAGUUUCAGUGACAGUGGCAGUGAACCUGACUUUUUGUAUGGUGGGCAGGCUCAUUCCAUUUUAUCGAGCCUGGGGGAAAGCAUAGGCAGAAUUGAUGAUUUCCUUUCAUUCGAGAGGGCAUUCAUACGUGGGGACAUUGUUUGUCCUGUUGCUGAUCCAUGUGGACAGAUGGGUAGAGUUGUAAAUUUUAAAAAGUUUGUGGACUUGGAAAAUGUUCAUGGAAAGGUCAUAGAAAAUGUUGAUUCCAAGAAUCUUGUAAAGAUUCGCACUCUUUCAGUUGGAGAUUAUGUGGUCCAUGGGGCAUGGAUAGGAAGAGUUGAUAAGGUUGUUGACAAUGUCAUUGUCAUCUUUGAUGAUGGGACAAAGUGCGAGGUUACUGCAGAAGAUGAAGAACAGCUCUUGCCUAUUUCUCCAAACAUACUUGAAGAUUCAACGUACCCCUUCUAUCCAGGACAGAGAGUGAAGGUUAGGCUUUCUGCUGUUUCCAAGUCCACUAGAUGGUUGUGUGGUGCUUGGAAGGAAAAUCAGGAUGUAGGGACUGUUUCUUCUGUAAAAGCAGGUCAAGUGUAUGUUAGUUGGCUUGCCUGUGCUAUUGGUGGCUGUGAUCUGAGUUUGGCGGCUCCUCAAUGUUUGCAGGAUGCAAAGAACCUGACUUUGUUGCCAUGUUUUUCACAUGAGAAUUGGCAGCUUGGUGACUGGUGUAUGCUUCGUGUUGCUGGUGGUAAUGGUGUGAAGGAGCGGAUGGUUUUUGGUGCAUCUGACCUUGAGAUCAUUAAAGAGCAAGAUAAGAUAGGAAAAGGGUUUAAGAGGCAAGAUCUGUGUUCACAUUUUGAGGAAGUCUUUGUCAUUGUGAAGACAAAGACCGUAGUUGAUGUUUUGUGGCAGGACGGAGGCUGCUCAUUGGGAUUGGAUUCACAAUCCCUCAUCCCCGUAAAUAUUGUUAAUGUUCAUGAAUUCUGGCCAGGGCAGUUUGUACUUGAGAAAGGUGCUUGUGAAGACCCACAUGUUUCUGGAAACAAAAAGUGGGGUGUAGUGAGUGCUGUGGAUGCAAAGGAACGGACUGUCAGGGUGAAAUGGAACCAGGCUAAUGAUGUGUGUGCCAACCAGGUGGAGGAAACUGUGAGUGCUUAUGAACUGGUUGAGCACCCAGAUUUCUCUUAUUGUUAUGGGGAUAUUGUAUUUAAAAAUGUCGAACAAGCUGAUAAGCAUCAUCUGGACAAAGACAUUAGCAUGGGUAAAGAAGUUGGUCUCGAAGGCAAGGACUGCAAAAGGUGUCAGAUUGAUUGUCCUUAUUAUGGUUACUUGUCCUGUAUUGGCUGUGUAACUGGCUUAAAAGACGGUGCUGUUGAGGUGAUAUGGGCUUCUGGACUUGAAACCAAGGUUGCACCUAAUGACAUUUUUCGAAUUGAUAAAUGUGAAAGUUCAACUGCAAAUUCUGCGAUAGCUGAGCAAACUGAUGGUGAAAUGAAUAUGAACCAAGAGAUGAUUGAUCUUGACAGACAAUCCCAUAGCUUGAAAGAAAAGGACUUGCUAACUUCCAAUGGCAACGAUGAAUGUAAGAGGUACCUGUGGAAAUCGAGUCCUUUCUCUCUUCCUCAGUCCACUAUUGGAUUUUUCAUGAGCAUUGCAGAAAGUAUAUUUGGAUCCAUUGGUUCAACAUCACUGUCUGGCCCAUUGUCAUCUGGUUGUUUUCCUAAAGAAGGUAAUCAAUCUGAGGCUCUUGAAGAGAAAGGACUAGUGGAUCUUGAAGAGAAAGGACUAGUGGAUAACUGUGAUCUCUGCACAGAGAUGCAACCUCUGGUACCAAGUGAGAUGAAGACAUCUGAAAAGGCAAGUUUAAAGCCGGAAGUCGAACUUAAUCAGGAGAAUAAAGAACUUCAAUGUUUACCCACAAACAAGAGCGUAGAAAAGUUCAUGCAAUUUGAAAUGGUUGGUGAUUGCUCUGACCACCACUUUACUGAAGAAGCAGGAAGGGGAUCGGCAUUGUCGCAGGUGAAAAGGAGUUGGUUGAAGAGGGUCCAAGAAGAGUGGAGUAACCUAGAGAAAAAUCUUCCUGAAUCAGUAUAUGUCCGCAUCUUUGAGGAGAGAAUGGAUCUCAUUCGAGCAGCCAUUGUUGGUGCACCCGGAACUCCAUAUCAUGAUGGGCUGUUCUUUUUUGAUAUAUAUCUUCCUCCAGAGUAUCCUCUUGAACCCCCUCUGGUGCACUACCGUUCUGGUGGGCUACGUGUCAAUCCGAAUUUAUAUGAGUCUGGCAGGGUCUGCCUCAGUCUCUUGAAUACAUGGACAGGCACAGGCACUGAAGUGUGGAAUCCUGAGAGCUCCAGUAUUCUGCAAGUCCUUCUCUCUCUCCAGGCCCUUGUGCUAAAUGAAAAACCUUAUUUCAAUGAGGCUGGGUAUGAUAAGCAGAUAGGAAGAGCUGAGGGAGAGAAAAACUCUGUCAGCUAUAACGAAAAUGCAUUCCUCAUGACCUGGAAGUCCAUGCUUUACAUACUUCGCCAGCCACCGAAGCAUUUUGAGGCACUCGUAGAGGAGCACUUGACGCGACGAUCUCAGGACAUUCUAAUGGCUUGUAAAGCAUAUAUGGAAGGAGCUCCAGUCGCAAACCCAUUUGGAUGUGGAAACAUUGAGCAUGAAAAUCAAAAGGGAGGCUCUACAGGCUUCAAAAUUAUGCUGGCUAAGCUCUUCCCAAAACUUGUGGAAGCAUUUGCUGCUAAAGGAAUUGAUUGCAGCCAAUUCACAGAGCUAGAGCAGUGAAUGUGCAAUACAAAUAUAUAAAUUUGUACCAUAUGUACAAAUCUGUAUCAUAUCAACAUGUCCUUGGAGAACAUUAGUCCUUUGUGGGUUUUUUUUUAAAUAAAAAAAUGAAAAAAGGGGAAGAAAAAGAAAAAAGAAUUUCUGUGUAAUCAGUGCUGUUCAUGUGAAAGAAAAAAAAUAAAGGGAUUGAAAGGGAAAAUAAAGAUUUCUAGUGUUGUAAUUGUAGUAUGGUGUGCUGUAACAGAGAAUUAUGUUAUGGGUUGCAGCAGCAAUUCUUGCAAAUAAUAAAGAAAGGGUUGCUUCA